CCAUGACAGCCAGAAUACCGAUAAAGUGGUUUCUUGUUAAACUUGCAGCCAUUCGAUUGGGCACCUAACAGUUAGAUAAAAUAACAAAUAGCAAUUAGAUAACCGAUUAGCCUAUUAUCAAAUCAGAUACAAUUAUCAAAUAGUUUGUCCAAUUUUGUUCGGCUCCCUUUUUAAGCCUUUUUAUUAUGCAUCAUUUAGUUCAUUUAUAGCAAUGUCUCGUGCUGAGUGGAAUCCCAAAUCAGCACAAGACGUCAGCAUACAGUGUGAGCUUCUGUCCGAUGGACGCGCCUACGCAUUCGAUAUACCCGAUAUUGGACCAAGGCGUCGAUUGGUGCGUCGCUUUUACUAUUUGCUAAUGCUAGAGAUCGCAUUGACGUUGCCCUGCUUGGAGAUUAUGUUCAUGCUUUCGAUUUCGUAUAAUCAGCUAUUCUUACGGUGCGUCACCAUUGUGGUGCUAUUAAUUUUUUACACGUUCCUCUAUCUAUGGCCGAAUUGGCGACGCAAGCCUCCCUACAAUUACGGCGUGUUCCUGUUGACAUCUCUCUCAACCGCCCUCAGCAUGGCUAUCUAUUUAAUACAGCUCGGUCAAACACGUUGGCUGCAUGCAUAUCCGCUGAUUGUUAUUACGGAGCUCUUGGCUGUCGCUUUGUACACUAAACAGGAGCGACUAAAAUGUUCUCAUGGCGUGGGCGUGAUUAUAAUAUAUUUGGUUUUUGGACUGUUUCUGCUGUUGGCAUACUUUUUGGACAUGUUUUUCAAGCUGCUCGGCCUGUUCGCGUGCACGCUGGAGGCCUGGUAUAUCAUCUACGAUACACAUCUGAUGCUCUCCGGCCGACAUGGCUACAAGGUGGAACCCGAGGAGUAUGUGUUUGCCGCUGUCAAUAUACACGCUGAUGUGCCCAAGUUUUUGUGGCUCAUAAUUAGGCACUUUGUAUUCGGACCAUUUGUAAUGUUACUUCAACUAAUACGAAAUUGCCGUACAAGUGAGAUAUGCUAGGAUAUGGGAUUUACAGAAUGGAAUACUUAGCUACAUGGAUAUACAUCUAUUCUAAUA